UGCUGAAUGGUGUGUUGUAGUUGUUUGGUUCGCCAUCACCGAACUUUGAGAACAGUUGUGACUUACGCCUAACCCGUGUGUUUGUUUAUUGGUGUGUGAAGUGAUUGAGCCCCUCGAUUCGCAUCAUGGCCACGAUGAAGGUGAUCCUGCCCACUGAGGCGGAGCUGACCGUGGAGGAGGUGCCCAUGGGGCAUCCGUUCCUCCGGGCGGCCUCCCUGCACAUGGCUAAGGCCUGUGAGCCUCAGAACAACGAAUUCAUGCUCUGUCGCCAAGAAUACAAGCAUGACCCACGCCCCUGCGUUCAAGAUGGGCGGGAGGUUACGGCUUGUGCCAUGAAAUUCAUUCGACAGGUCAAGGCCAAUUGCGCCGUGGAGUUCACCAACUACGCCACUUGCUUGGAGCGAUCCUCUAUUAACAUGGAGUUGUGCAAGUGCCGUCAAACUCAGGGAGUGUUCGACGACUGCAUGAAGGACAAGUUGGGCAUGGAACGCCCUCAUUUGGCCUGGAUGACUUUGACCAAGGUUCACCAAACCGAUAGACCACGCCCCGAACCUCGUCGCCCUGCGUAUUUGGAUAUUCCCGGACAAGGACAGAUUGAAGAGUUACCAAGUGACUUCCCCAAAUUCAACAAGCAAAUCUUCCGAGGCAUCUUCAAUGGGACUUUGUAAUCACUUCAUCAGGCGCUCUGCCCCGCCUUGCUGUAGUUCUUUGGACAGACAAAUAAAUCUAUCUUGACGAA